AUGCCGCGCGAGAGGAAGCGACUCCUCCCGACAGACGACCUCCGCCACCGAUACGACCAUGCCCUCGUGACAGCGGCCGAGUACCCGACCGACUACAUCCCGGCGCACGCGGCGGAGGUGCGGUUCAUCCUGGCGGAGUCCGCCGGGGAGAUCGAAUGCUGCCUGUGCGACAUGGAGAAGUACCAGAACGUGGAGCAGUGCCCGCGGUGCCAGGCGACGAGCCAUGUGAACUGCCUGGACCUGCUGCGCAACCACGAGCGGCGGCACGGCCGGCCGCUGGCGUACGGCUGCCCGGAGUGUGGCGUGCUGUGGCGCGCGCCGGAGGAGCGCGCCGCUCUCGCCGCCGAAUGCAACGAUCGGCGGCGGAGGACCAGCAUCGGGCCCCGGACCACCUAUCGCUACCGGCACGACGAGAUCAGCGGGCGGCUCAUCUGCACCUUCGUCCGGCCGUCCACGGGCCGGAUCUGCGGGGAGAGCUACUACAUCCACCAGCAGGUGCGGCGCCAUCACGAGCGGGACCACGAGGAACGCACCGUCGCCUGCGACUGCGGCCUGGGAUCGGCCGCGCCUGGCGACGGCCAGCCGGACCUGUCUUCCUGCUUCUGCCCCGUCUGCGGCGGGGAGUUUCUGUGCCGCCAUGCCGCCGCCGCGCAUUGCUGGGACCAGCAUCGGGACCAGCACUGGCCUCCCACGUGUCAACUCUGCCAAACCAAGUUCGACAAGUACCUGGACCUUGUUGUUCAUCUAUCGAAUCACCACUAG